GCGGGCCACGCCCCUUAAGCCCUGGGGGCCUCGCGCGCCACUAGCGGGGCGGGGCCUUCCGCGUGACCUUUCACCCCAGCAUGGCUGCGCCCGUGGGACCCGUGAAGUUCUGGAGACCCGGUACAGAAGGGCCAGAUGUCAGCAUCUCAGAAGAGAGACAAAGUGUUGCUGAGAACUCUGGGACAACCAUCAUUUACAAUCCCUAUGCUGCCCUCUCUAUAGAGCAGCAGAGGCAGAAGCUGCCAGUGUUCAAGCUUAGGAAUCACAUUUUAUACUUGAUUGAAAACUAUCAGACCGUGGUGAUUGUUGGAGAAACAGGAUGUGGGAAGAGCACCCAGAUUCCUCAGUACCUGGCAGAAGCUGGCUGGACAGCUGAAGGAAGAGUGGUCGGGGUGACCCAGCCUCGAAGAGUGGCUGCUGUGACGGUUGCAGGGAGAGUAGCUGAUGAAAGAGGUGCAGUGCUGGGCCACGAGGUGGGCUACUGCAUCCGCUUUGAUGACUGCACUGACCCGCUGGCCACCAGGAUUAAGUUUCUUACCGAUGGAAUGCUGGUCAGGGAAAUGAUGGUGGAUCCAUUGUUAACAAAAUAUAGUGCCAUCAUGCUGGACGAAGCCCACGAGAGGACGUUGUAUACUGACAUUGCCAUUGGCUUGCUGAAGAAGAUUCAGAAAAAGCGUGGGGAUCUUCGGUUGAUUGUGGCCUCAGCCACUCUGGACGCAGAGAAAUUUCGGGAUUUCUUCAAUCAGAAUGAAACCAGUGACCCAGCCAGGGACACAUGCGUGAUCCUCACAGUGGAAGGGCGAACAUUUCCGGUGGAUAUCUUUUAUCUACAAAGUCCUGUUCCUGAUUAUAUCAAGGCAACUGUGGACACUGUGGUGAAAAUUCACCAGACAGAGGGAGAUGGAGAUAUACUAGCCUUCCUUACUGGUCAGGAAGAAGUAGAAACUGUUGUGUCCAUGCUGAUUGAACAGGCCCGGGUGCUGGCUCGCACUGGGAUGAAGAAACACCUCCGGGUUCUCCCCAUGUAUGCAGGACUGCCUUCCUUUGAACAGAUGAAGGUGUUUGAAAGAGUGUCACGCAGUGUUAGAAAGGUGAUUGUGGCUACCAAUGUGGCAGAAACUUCUAUUACAAUCAGCGGAAUUGUGUAUGUGAUCGACUGUGGCUUUAUGAAACUGCGGGCCUAUAACCCCAGGACAGCUAUUGAAUGCUUGGUGGUGGUACCUGUGUCCCAGGCUUCAGCCAAUCAACGAGCAGGACGUGGUGGGCGCAACCGCUCUGGAAAGUGUUACCGCCUUUAUACAGAGGAAGCCUUUGACCAGUUGCCUCAGUCCACCGUCCCUGAGAUGCAGCGCAGCAACUUGGCCCCUGUCAUCCUGCAGCUGAAAGCCCUAGGGAUUGACAAUGUCCUCAGGUUCCACUUCAUGUCGCCCCCUCCAGCACAGUCGAUGGUUCAAGCUUUGGAGCUACUCUAUGCUCUGGGAGGUCUGGACAAAGACUGUCGCCUAACUGAACCACUUGGCACGAGGAUUGCGGAGUUUCCCCUGAACCCUAUGUUUGCAAAGAUGCUGCUAGAAUCUGGAAAUUUUGGUUGUUCCCAGGAGAUUCUGAGCAUUGCAGCCAUGAUGCAGAUCCAGAAUGUCUUCGUGUUCCCCUCAAACCAGAAGUCUCAGGCUACUCGAGUGCACCGGAAAUUUGCUGUGGAAGAGGGUGAUCAUCUCACUAUGCUCAACGUGUACGAAGCAUUUAUCAAACACAACAAGAGCUCCCAGUGGUGUCAGGAGCAUUUCCUAAAUUACAAGGGUCUCGUCAGAGCUGCGACUGUGAGAGAACAGUUGAAAAAGCUCCUUGUCAAGUUUCAGGUGCCCAAGAUGUCCAGCGAAGGGGAUCCAGACCCGGUUCUGAGGUGUAUUGUGUCGGGAUUCUUCGCCAAUGCAGCGAGGUUUCAUUCCACUGGAGCUUAUAGGACUAUCCGGGACGAUCAUGAGCUGCACAUCCACCCUGCGUCUGUCCUCUAUGCAGAGAAGCCGCCGCGCUGGGUUAUCUACAAUGAAGUUGUACAGACCUCCAAGUAUUAUAUGAGAGAUGUGACCGCCAUAGAAUCUGCUUGGCUGCUGGAGCUGGCUCCACAUUUUUAUCAACAAGGAACGCACCUGUCCCUGAAAUCCAAAAGGGCCAAGGUUCAGGAUCAGUGAGUGGAGCUUGGCAGUGCCUGCUUGGCGUCUUCACUCUGUGCUCCUGGCACCAGCUCAGGAAUGCACAGCCACUCUGAUGUGGGCUGCAGCCUGUUCAUCAGCCUGUCUUCCUGCUCCCUCAGCAUUGCCAUCCUCGCAGGGAUCCCAGAGGAGCCUGCAUGGCCAGCAUCCCGCUGUGCUAUACCCAGUCGGAGCAGGAGUUGCUGGGCCAUGCUCUGGGGCUCACCCCUCAUAGUCACUAACCAGUGCCACUCCCGACAGGCAAAUUGUGGCCCAGCUCAGGGAGAGGGGGAGAUUUAGCCCCAUAGGCAGAAGCUCUGUGUGGGAUACACAGAGGGCUCACUGACUGCCUGUGCUUUGCUGCUGUAGUCAUGGCUGUUGACUGCUGAGGUCCAUGGCUGACUGUGCACAAUGUGUAAGUACAAAGGGAGGAGACCUGGGGGCUUCCAUUCACCAAGAUUGUCCAGGAUCUUGUCUGUUACAGGCACAGGGGCUCCCAAACCAAGCAACUUCUGCCUCUCCUCUCCCACAUUACAUCCCUGCUUAUCUGCAGCAGGGAGCCUUGGUACACCACUGGUGGUCCACGCAAGGAUUCAAAAGCACCAUCUUGUCUUUGUUAAUCCAAGGACUUCCUCGCAAGUGGCCUAGCUUUCUCUCAAAGCAGAUUCCGAGUCCUGGUGCCAUUGGCUGGACACUAGUGAAAGUUCAUCAGCCCCGACCCCAGGGUCUCCUCUUUAGCAGGAACUCACUACAGUUUAGAGAUUCCCUAAACUUCUGUAGCUCAGGAAUAUAACUCUUGUAUAUUCGUCUUUGUUUGUUUGCUGCAUUCUUGUAAGAGCACGGGGCAGCUCUUCCAGCAGGGUCUGCUCCUGCUGCUCUGGGGCUACUUUAUGUGACGGUGACUGCACUUCAGCACAUGACAAGACACAGUACUCCCCUUGCUGUGUCAAUGACAUUUAUUUUAAAAACAUAGCUUAAAAACUUAUUUUUGUACUGGUUUUAGUUUGGAUGUGCUACUUUGGGCACCAAACCUGUGUCAUUUUUAUUUCUAUUUUAUAAACAUGUAAAUAGCAGUGAUAACUUGUUCAUAAUAGUAAACAUUUUUACCUGA